AUGGGUGACGUGGGACAGACUGCCCGCCGAGUCCUACAGGCGGGGCUGUCUGCCGGUGAAGAUGCCCAGACGGUCAUUGCCCGGGCCGAGGCCGCCGUCAGUGGCGACCACUCUGACCAGGACGGCCAUGAUGAGCAUGGCGUGUCCGGUGGGACACAGCUGGCACUUGCCCUUGUCGCCAUGUUGGCGCAAAAGGUGUCGGCAGUCGUCGUUGACUCGGAUGGUCUCUGCUCGCACGACACGUUGCUCGACCAUGUGCUCGCUGUCCACCUCGAUCAACUCCCGGCCGAUGUCGCUGCGGGUCUUGAAGCCGACAUCGCGUUUUGCCGCGCCGCACUCGCGCAUCGCAUCUUGUAG